AUGAUUCUCGCUAUUGGCAGCAUGCUUUACCACGCCACUCUGCAGCAUGUGCAACAACAGAGUGAUGAGACUCCAAUGGUGUGGGAGAUACUUCUCUACAUGUACAUCCUUUACUCACCGGACUGGCAUUACAGAAGCACUAUGCCUACUUUUCUGUUCCUCUACGGUGCUGCCUUUGCUGUUGUCCACGCUUUCCUCAGGUUUGGGAUUGGUUUCAAGGUUCACUACGUGGUUCUUUGCCUUCUGUGUUUCCCUCGGAUGUAUAAGUACUAUAUUUACACUGAGGAUACUGCGGCUAAAAGGAUUGCCAAGUGGUAUGUUGCGACGAUUCUUGUGGGGAGUGUUUGCUGGUUUUGUGACCGUGUUUUCUGUAAGAGGAUAUCUCAGUGGCCUGUGAACCCUCAGGGACAUGCUCUGUGGCAUGUGUUUAUGAGUUUUAAUUCUUACUGUGCAAACACGUUCUUGAUGUUCUGUCGUGCUCAGCAACGUGGAUGGAAUCCGAAGGUUAAGUACUUUCUGGGAGUUCUUCCUUAUGUCAAGAUUGAGAAGCCAAAAGCACAAUGA